AUGAAGAUCACCGGCUUCACUUCGCACGAUGUGCGCUUCCCUACAUCGUUAGACAACACCGGCUCUGAUGCUAUGAAUGCAGCUACUGACUACUCGGCUGCCUACUGUGUGCUACAGACUGACUCGGCUCAUAGCGGCCAUGGUAUGACUUUUACCAUCGGCCGAGGUAAUGAGAUUGUCUGCGCGGCCAUUGAUGCGCUGGCAACGCUACUGGUUGGAAAGGAGCUUGAUUCCCUAACCGCUGAUUGGGGCAAGACAUGGCGCUACCUGGUAUCUGACAGCCAGCUACGAUGGAUCGGCCCUGAAAAGGGCGUCAUCCACCUUGCGCUCGGAGCCAUCGUCAAUGCUCUGUGGGAUCUAUGGGCAAAGUCCCUCAACAAACCCGUAUGGAGAGUUGUUGCAGACAUGACGCCCGAAGAAUUGGUGAAAUGCAUUGAUUUUAGAUACAUUACUGACGCACUUACACCAGACGAAGCCAUCAAGCUGCUGCAGGAAGUGGAGCCUGGCAAGAAGCAGAGAAUUGAGGAGGCGGAAAGUAACCAGGCUGUUCCGGCGUAUACGACCAGUGCUGGCUGGCUCGGCUACGAUGAGGAGAAGGUGAAGAGCCUGCUUGAGCAAAGCGUCCAGGAUGGAUACCGUUAUUUUAAACUGAAAGUUGGCGGAGACCUGGACACGGAUAAACGGCGGUUGACGAUCGCUAGGGAGGCCAUUGGAUACGACAAGGGAAAUGUUCUGAUGAUCGAUGCCAAUCAGGUGUGGUCAGUUCCCGAGGCUAUCUCACAUAUGCAAGAGCUCGCGCAGUUCAAGCCAUGGUUUAUCGAAGAGCCUACUUCCCCAGACGACAUUCUGGGCCACGCAGCCAUCCGCAAAGCCCUUCAAGACACGCCACACGGUACCAUUGGAGUCGCAACGGGUGAAAUGUGCCAAAACCGCGUUAUGUUUAAACAAUUCCUCCAGUCAGGCGCCCUCUCCGUCAUCCAGCCAGAUGCAUGUCGAGUUGGCGGCGUCAACGAGUGUCUAGCUAUCCUACUACUGGCCCGUAAAUUUGGUGUCCCGGUCGUGCCCCAUUCAGGAGGCGUGGGCCUGCCAGAGUACACGCAGCAUCUGAGCACGAUUGACUAUGUAGUGAUGACAGGGAAGAAGAGUGUGUUGGAGUAUGUGGACCACUUGCACGAGCACUUCGAAUAUCCGGCUCGGGUGCGGAACGGGUAUUACGUUACACCCAUGGAGCCUGGGUAUAGUGUGCAGAUGAAGGCGCGUAGCAUGGAAGAAUACUCCUUUCCAGGGGAAGAUGGAAAGAGUUGGUGGAGAUCCGAAGAGGCGAAGCCGGUGCUACAGCGUCCUCGUGUGGUUUGA